AGCCGCUGCUCGCUCCGCUGCUCGGCGUUCGCGUAUGUUCCGAAUUUACAGUUAAACUUUCAACGUGCGCGCAUCAAGGCAGCGACAAGUGCUUAGGCGGACGGGAACAGCGACGCGUCCGCAAUUUUCACGCGUUUUUUCUAAUAUUUUGGGGCUGCGCGUAACGGUCAGCGAAAAAGCGAAACUAAAGAACAACAAAAAAAAAAAAGAUAAAUAAAUAAAAUAAAUACCAAAAACAACAACAAGAGCCGUAGCCGCUGCUAAGUGUGUGAGAAUUUUAAAUUGCUGCAUUGAAUAAAUAAAUGUGAAAAUAAAAACAAAACGAGAAUUCAACACGAAAAAAACGGAAAUUAUUGAAACAAAAACAAUUUUGCUGUCUACAAAAAUCCAAAAAAUAAGAUAGUGUGUGCUAAAAAAGAGCACAGUGUAAUCGUUGUUGUUGGUGUGCGUAAAAAUUUCAAAAUAUUUUAAAAAUAUUCAAUGAAAAAGUGCUUCAAGCAAAUUGAACAGCAAGAAGAAGAAAACCAGAGCGAAAUAUUUUAAAAAUUAUAUUCUUGGCAGUGCUCUACAUUUCGGUUGAGCUACAUAAAUUGAAAACAUUAGAAAAGAAACUGAAAAUAAUAUUAUAUUAAGUAAAUAACGGAUACUGAGAGACAUAUAUUAAUAUUACUGAAGAACCGCGCGUGAAAAUCAGCUGACUUAAAAGAUUACAGUUGGAUUUUUAUGUUUUUAGUCUUUCCAGUGUUUUUUUCGGUCUUUAUUAUUUGUGCGUUAAGCGCAGCGCGACAUUUGGCACCUGUUCAGCAAGUUUUUGAAAAGCGUUUAAAAAAUCAUCUCAAGCUAUUUAUGCAAACGAGUGAGACCUACAGAAAGAGUUAGAGAGAGAGCGAGCGAGAAAGGGGGUAGGAGGUUUACCUAAGCAGCCGUUGACCUAAUCCCGUUAAAACUGAACUCAACUCAAGCAGAAGGCCACUUCAGAACCUUGGGGUGUCUCAAUAUUUAAGAGGUCUACAGGAUAAGGAAGGCAAGGCUAAAUAACAGCAACGCAACAAUCAGAGAACAGCAAGGCGGUUUCAAGAAACAUCCCAACGAACUCAACAGACAUCUAACUACUUAUAUGUAAUAUAAAGCUAUCAAAAUACGCAGAAAAAAUACUGAUUAAACUUAUAGUACAGCAGCACUAACGACAGCAACAGUACCAACAAGAACAGCAACAGCAACAAUUGCUGGCAGAAGCCGUGAGCACAAAACAUUUAUUAAGCUGACCGCAAAUAGCGCUUUAUUAAGCAUACGCUACGUUAGCCGGCAGCCGGGGCAGAGAAGCGGUCGGACAAGCGCACAUCAAAUUAGUAAUCAAGCAUCACAAAAGCAACGCCGAGGGGUACGCUGUAUACGGUUCACGGCGUAAGCCUUAGCUCACCCGGGGUCUGCUGCCUGGCAGCUCAAUGCGAGGCAGACGAAACUAAUAAGACGACGACUUUAUUUUUAUUGAAAUUAUGAUUAAUGACAGGAAUAUUGCACGACGGCGAAGAGCAAUCAGCGCGUUUUAAGCAUAGCCACGAAUUAAGGGCGAAAGCCCAUGACUAUGAUGAUGCUGACAAUGAUGGUCAUCAAGUUAAUGAUAAUGCUGCGGUCAGGGCGCGAUUUCUGACGCGUAUGUCGAGCCAUGUACAACAGAGCCAUGGAGAAGACAUCGCAGUUAACGAUGAACUUAAUCAAAGACAGUUUAGUGGGUGACAAAGCUGUUGCCGCUGUUGAUUGCCAGCGCGCGAACAACUACUACAACAACAACAGCAAUUAAAAUAAACUAUUGCUCAUACGACGCGUUGUACAACGGACUAACUAAUUUAAAAGCAAGUGAAAGUAAGAGCUCGAAAGAAAGUAUUUCGAUUUAGUUCUUGAAAAUUUGAUGGCUUCGCCUGGGCAGCAUUGCGCCGCAGCAGCCGCAGCCCGUAGACGACGCCAUCAGCAACCACAGCCGAGCCACAAUAUCAGCAACAACAGCAACAAACUGAUAUCCAUAGCCACACUGACGCUGCUCAUACUCUGCCUGAGCAGCUGCAUCGCCUACGCAACCGCAGCAGCGACAACUACGACGGUACAGCCAGCGACUCGGAGCAGCAGCACGGAAAUCGGUAACCUGGGCGAGGAUUUCAACAGCAGCAGCGCCUUUUUGGGCGCCAUUGCAGCUGCUGCUGCCGGAACGGUGAACAGCAGCCCCAUUACCAUUGUCAGCUAUCAGGGCAUCACGAGCAGCACACCAAAUGGCAGCAGCAGCACGCUGGUGUCCAUGUCCGAUACGCCGCUGCUGCUAGAUGAUCUGGCCACGGGUGAGGAGUUUGAACUGCCGCCGCUGCAGUCGGUCAUUGUGAGCAUUGUCCUGCUAAUUGUUAUACUGGGCACCGUGGUAGGCAAUGUUCUCGUCUGCAUUGCCGUUUGCAUGGUGCGCAAGCUACGACGACCCUGCAAUUAUUUGCUCGUAUCGUUGGCGUUAUCCGAUCUCUGUGUGGCGCUGCUCGUAAUGCCCAUGGCCCUGCUCUAUGAGGUCCUGGAGCGCUGGAGCUUCGGCACUCUGCUUUGCGACAUUUGGGUAUCGUUCGAUGUUCUCUGCUGCACCGCCUCCAUACUGAAUCUGUGCGCCAUCUCCGUGGAUCGUUAUCUAGCGAUUACCAAGCCCCUCGAGUAUGGCGUGAAGCGCACACCACGUCGCAUGAUGCUCUGCGUGGGCAUCGUUUGGCUGGCGGCCGCCUGCAUCUCGUUGCCCCCACUGCUGAUACUGGGCAACGAGCACGAGGAUGAGGAUGGCCAGCCCAUAUGCACGGUGUGCCAGAACUUUGCAUAUCAGAUCUAUGCUACGCUGGGCUCCUUCUACAUACCCCUCUCAGUCAUGCUCUUUGUAUACUAUCAGAUCUUCAGAGCCGCACGACGCAUUGUGCUGGAGGAGAAGCGGGCCCAGACGCAUCUGCAGCAGGCAAUGAAUGGCACCGGCUCACCGCAAACGGCCACAGCGCCCGCAUUGGGCCACACUGAGCUGGGCAGUGGUAAUGGCGCUGGUCAUGGACAUCGGCACAGCAGCGUGGGCAACACCUCGCUCACCUACUCCACCUGCGGCGGCUUGAGCACCAGCGGCGGCGGCGGCGGUGGCGGAGGGGGCGGCGGCAUUGUGGGCAUUCCUCAUGGCCAUCAUGGUAGCGGCGGCGGCGUAAGCGGCUCCACUGGGCUGCUAGGGUCGCCGCAUCAUAAGAAGCUGCGCUUUCAGCUGGCCAAAGAGAAGAAGGCGUCCACGACACUGGGCAUUAUUAUGUCCGCUUUUACCAUCUGCUGGCUGCCAUUCUUCAUACUGGCGCUGAUCCGGCCGUUUGAGACGAUGCAUGUGCCAGCGUCGCUCUCCUCGCUCUUUCUCUGGCUGGGAUAUGCCAAUUCGCUUCUGAAUCCGAUUAUCUAUGCUACUCUGAAUCGUGAUUUUCGCAAGCCCUUCCAGGAGAUACUCUACUUCCGGUGCUCCAGCCUGAACACCAUGAUGCGAGAGAAUUACUAUCAGGAUCAAUAUGGUGAGCCGCCCUCCCAGCGGGUCAUGCUAGGCGAUGAACGGCAUGGAGCGCGCGAGAGCUUCCUGUGAAGUCAAUGGAUCCCUGUAUGCUUGGCUCCUUAAAUUUCUAUAACUGUUUGUGUAUAUGUGUUGUUCUCUAAACGAAUAGGCCAAAACUAAAUAGUGUCUACUGCUUGGCAAGGAUUGGUAACGAUAGAAACCUCACCCCCCCUCACCCCCACGUCCCUUCCACACACAUACAUACACAGAAACACACCCAUCCAUAUAUACUAUGUAUGAGUGUAACUGUUUACCUAUGAGUAUUUUUUGUAUGAACGCAAACCCAUAAGUACGAUAUAUGAUAAAUGAUAAAUGAUGAUUGAUAAAUGAUAUAUGUAGAUGACUCCUCUAAAUGUAACUGAACGUUGUAAUUUUUAAAUGUAACGCUAAGCAAUUAAGUGGGCUGAAAGCAACAACCACACACUACAUACACCCACCCAACCAUUCACAACCAAAGCAACAAAUGCACACGAACGCAUAACAGAGCUGUAAGCCUAUCGAUGUUAUCGAUAUCUGCUUCUAAAGUUUUCUCACACUGAAAACCAAAUUAAAAAUCGUAAAAGUAUUUGAUAUGGCUUGGACAUUGCUUAAUAAGUCUAUCGAUUAUAAUCGAAGCUAUCGAUAGUUUUGCAGCGGAAAGACACUUAAACACUCACAUAACAAGACGGUUGUACCACUGUUAACCCAGAACAGGUUUUCACACGGUUCCUUUUUAUGUUGUUAUUUCCAAAAUGAAAAGCCGAUUACAAUCACAAUCGAUAUCGAAUCUAUUGAGCCCACAGCGAGCGUAGUUUAUUUGCGAUACUCAAAACUGAGCCAAAUUUAAAUUUAAUUAAGCACACUUAAGAUAUUGUGUCAGCUAUAUAAUAUUAAAUAUAAGACACGAGUUAUAUAACAAUAUAUAGUAUACCAUAUCGUCAUGCAUGACAAAAUGUGGUCUAUUAACUGUCGAACUGUAAAUAGGUAAGUGCUAUACCAAAGAGUAAAAUAUAUAUAAAUAUAUGUAUUUGCAUAUGUGUGUGCUGCUCCCAACUGUCUCAGAAUGUAUAUUUAGUAUGCUCUUGUAGCUAAAGCUCAAUACUAAAUCAUAUUUAAAUGUAUGUAUUUAUUAAAA